AUGCACCCACCAAGCCCCCUCCUGCGCCUGCUCCUCCUCCCCAAACAACCCCCCCGGCGCACCGGCACCAUAACAAAACCACCCUCCCACAACUUCCAUCUCCCAACCUUCGCGACAGCCUUCUACCCACCGCCGCCGCGAACACUAACGGCCGCCCGAAACCUUCCCUUCCCCCCGGAGCCGCUCUUCCGCACAAUCUCAGACAUAGACUCGUACGCACGCUUUCUGCCAUUCCUCACCGCAUCGACAGUGACCGCCCGCGACGGAGAGACUGGAUACCCCACCAGCGCAUUCUUGACGGUCGGAUAUGGCCCGUUGAGCGAGACGUUUGUGUCGCGGGUGGAGUGUGAUGGGGAGCGGUGGACGGUGGGUGCGAGGAGUGGGUGGGGUGGGAAUGGGAAUGGGAAUGGGAAUGGGAAUGGGAGCGGGAGGGGUGGGGAUGGUGGGGAUGGUGGGUUGUUUGAAUAUUUGGAUACGUUGUGGAAGCUCCAGCCACUGAGGCCGAGGGACCAUGGUCAUGGUCAUGGUCAUGUCAGGAUAGGGGGAGGGAGGGAGGAGACGAAGGUUGUGUUGGAGGUCAGGUUUCAGUUUCGGAGUGCGAUGCAUGCGGCGAUGAUGGGGGCGGUGGAGAGUCAGGUGGCGGGCAUGAUGAUAGAGGCGUUCGAGAAAAGGGUGAGGGAGUUGGAUAUGGCGAAGUAG